AAUGUGUUGACGCACUUAGCCGUAAUGAAAAUGAUACUAUUUAAUAGUUAGAAAAUGAGUUUCCAAUGGUGGAAAUCUAAGGAGCAAAUUGUAUGCUGAAUAUUUGCCACUAGAAGUGCAGUAUGAAGACAUUAUUAUAGUAUUUUUAAUGUCUGUUUAAAGUCACAAGCCUCACAUUUAUUUUGGAGCUCAUAAAAGCUUUCUUUGUUAGAUAUUUGAAAUAUUUAAAGUUGAACUUUUAGGAAGUAAAGAUAUGUAACUAGGCCGCUAUAAUGAUUUAGUGCAAAUGAUUUAAUUUCAUUUUUUAGGAGGAAUGAUGUCAUUAGUGGUGAAGUCCAAGACAGAAGAUUCCGUCAUAUGUAAAGUUGUUGAUGGAGGUGAACUUAAGUCUAGACGACAUUUGAAUGUUCGAGGAAAAUGUGCUACAUUGUCAUCUAUUACUGAAAAGGAUUGGGAUGACAUUAAGUUUGGGGUUGAAAAUAAAGUAGACUUUUAUGUUGUUUCCUUUGUCAAAGAUGCGAAAGUGGUCCACGAAUUGAAGGAUUAUCUCCGAAGCUGUGGUGCAGAUAUACUUGUAACUGUUAAAAUUAAAAGUGCAGACUCCAUACCAAAUAUGCAUUCUAUCAUUUCUACAUCUAAUGGGCUUGAACCUGCUUCGACAUCAUGUGGGGAACUUCUAGUCUUGCUCAUGACCCUGCUCCCUGCGCUAAACGCAGAUUCCAAUGCCACUGUUGAAAUAGGAAUUGAUAAAAUAUCUCGUACCAUCGUCGAUAGUAAAGAUAUGAAAUCAGCAUCGUCGAAGCUUAAAGCAACUUGCAAUCUAACUUCAGAAGCACUUAGUGUGGACACUGUGGUUAUGUACAUGUUGUACAAUGCUUCGAUUGCAUCACGAACCUUUGAGGUUUCAGAUAUUGCCUUUUCAGUAGGAUAA